AAACAACCAGGGCCUAGUAGGCAGCCAAAGGAGCUGUUCCUCUAUCAUGUUCCCUGCCGUUCUGGAGGACGAUCUUCCUGCGUCAUUUCCCGUGUCGACGGCCUUCGUCAUUCCGGCGGAAGAAAUGAAACGUUUCCUGACUUUAUGGUUGAAUCCUGCGAGUGCUGUCCGCUCUAGGCAGUCCCCACUAUUCUCUCUAUGCUGCGUGGGGAGGAGGUGAGGUGGCGCGGGCUUCUAAGCUCGCCGGCGGAUUCCUUCUCCUGGAUACCAUGGCGCCUCCGAAAGUCCCAAUACUCUUCCUCGGCAGUGUUGAAGGGACAACUCUGAAGAAAAUGUCAGUUUGCUUUUUAAGUUGUACUGCUUGACGGUGAUGACCUUGGUGGCUGCCACGUACACAGUAGCUUUGCGAUACACAAGAACAACAGGGACAAACCUGUACUUUUCAACCACAGCUGUGUCUAUUACAGAAGUUAUCAAGUUAAUCCUGAGUUUGGGCAUUUUAGCAAAAGAGACUGGAAGCCUGGGCAGACUAUUGACAUCUUUGAAAGAAAAUGUCUUGGGGAGCCCUAAAGAACUACUCAAAUUAAGCAUUCCGUCUCUUGUGUAUGCUAUUCAGAACAACAUGGCCUUCCUGGCUCUUAGCAAUUUGGAUGCAGCAGUUUACCAGGUGACCUAUCAGUUGAAGAUUCCCUGUACAGCCUUAUGUACAGUCUUAAUGCUGAACCGCUCUCUCAGUAAACUGCAGUGGUUCUCAGUCUUUAUGUUGUGUGGUGGAGUCACGCUUGUUCAGUGGGAGCCAGCUCAGGCGACAAAAGUUCAGGUUGAGCAGAAUCCAUUGAUAGGCUUUGGUGCGAUAGCUAUUGCAGUCUUAUGUUCAGGAUUUGCAGGUGUAUAUUUUGAGAAAGUGCUGAAGAGCUCAGAUACAUCUUUAUGGGUCAGAAACAUUCAGAUGUAUCUCUCUGGAAUUGUGGUGACCUUGGUUGGUGUUUACGUGUCAGAUGGACCUCAAGUAAUGGAGAAGGGUUUCUUCUAUGGCUACACACAUUAUGUCUGGUUUGUCAUCUUUCUUUCCAGUGUUGGAGGCCUCUACACAUCUGUCGUGGUUAAAUACACAGACAACAUUAUGAAAGGGUUUUCUGCAGCAGCAGCCAUUGUUCUCUCUACGAUUGCAUCAGUCAUACUCUUUGGCUUACAGAUAACUCUAAUCUUCUCUCUUGGUGCCCUCCUUGUAUGCAUUUCAAUAUAUCUGUAUGGACUGCCUCGACAAGACACCACAAAAAUCCAGGCAGUGGAGAUGAAGGCGUCAAAAGAGAAUCUUCUUAAUGUGUGACCUUUGCGAUCAUGAAGAACAGAAAAGGCAAAGUAGAGAAGAAGUGGACAUGAAUGUCUUUGCUUUGCUUAAAAAAAAAAAUUAGCCUUAACUGGUUAUGGAAGAUUCUUCUGCUUGAACUAAUAGUGAAGCAAAUGGUGAAAAUAAAGGUUUACACUGGAGGAUGGAUGGUUCACUCAGCUGUGAAGCACUGUUUCUUGUAAGGAUACGUCCCAUUAUUGGGUUGGACUAUGAAGAUUUGGCUUGCUAAAAAAUGAAGGAAUUGAAUGUGUAGCUAUAGAUGUAUAUUAUAUAUAAAAUAAAGAGGGGAUGCCAUUGGAAUCUACUUUGAUGAACCAUGUGAUAUGAAUUCUCUUUGCAAGCAAACAUGUCUGUUAUUUGAGCUCUUGCAAGGAGACGAAGCUCCAUUUACUAAACUGGAAACUAAAUGUUAAAUAUAUCAAUGCGAUACCUUUUGUGUUGCAAAUAACACAUUUUCCUUGUGAAAUGUAUGUGCCUAACCUUAAGAUACACCCAGUUGCUGUAGUGCUCUUAUGAUAAACUACUUGUUGCAACGAGAAUGUAACUAAGGUGACUGUAAUAAACCAAGAAAUGGGGGUGGGGGAGAGCUGUGCACACAUUUUAAGUUGAAAUGGAUUCUGCGUCUGUAAACUUUAGAUAUGCUGAAUCCAUGACUUCAAUAGCAGUAAGGGGGGAAAUGCAGCUUAUUCUUCUUUUAAGAGGAAUUUUUCUAUUGUGAUAAGGAUUUUUAUAGUUUUUUGUAUGACACUUAAGCUUUUGUUUCACAUCUGAGAGUGCUAAAUACAUUUUUGCAUCGAUUAGGUAGUACCCUGUGCCAUUUUGGUUUGUAUUGUUAUCAGAUAUAAUUCAGGAAAGGGAACAAUCACUACACUAUCAACAUCACUUAUGUACAUUUAUUUUUUAUCAAUGUGAAUCAACAGUGACAAUAACAGGACAGUGUUUUAUUUAAA